AAUGGUCAGUAGUAUAAAAGAAUAAAUAGACAGUAUAUUGAUCAACAGUAAAAAAGUUCAACUGUGUAUAUUCAGGAAUUGGUGAGAGAGAAAGGAGAAUUGAUAAAGUGUAAGAAAAAACGGUUCUUAGGAGGGAGGAGCAAUCUUGUCCAGAGUUCUUGAGAGUUUCGUUUUCCCUUUCUUACCAUCACAUUCUUCUUUACUAAUCACACAUGAUCGUUAUUAUUCAAAAAAGAGAGAGAGAAAAGAGAAAAAAGGAUAUUUGACACAGUGUUGUGAAACGAUUAAAUCAUUGAAUAUGAGAGACACAUGAGACAUAACCAGAAAUUUUGGAAGCAGUCAACAUGUUUGUGCAGAAUACCAUAUACAUACCAGUUUUUGUAUAAUGUGCAUAUUAGUUUAAGUUUUAAGUUCCAAUCUGUUUUUUAUGACUGUAUUUUUGGCGAAAACAUAGACGUCACGAAGAACUCCAACAAGAAAGAGUCUUUCUAAGAAAUAACCUUUAUGUUUGCUUUGCAACUCAAAGAUAUUUACCUUCUGUGAUCAGAUAGCACGUUUCUACCAGUUCCUAUGUCAUGGCUUUAAAAUUCGCCAGUAAUCUGUCUUUUAUGUUCACUGAGGUUCCUAAUAUUAUCGAGAGAUAUCAACUGGCCAAGCAAGCUGGAUUUAAAGCGGUUGAAAGUGGAUUUCCAUAUGGCUUCUCUGUUCAACAAGUUGCCGCAGCCAAAAAGAAGGCUAAUGUUGAUCAAGUACUUUUGAAUGUAUUCACAGGUGAUGUUACAAAAGGAGAAUUGGGCUUUGCUGCAAUCCCGGGUGAAGAAGAACAUUUCAAGAGGAGUAUUGAGAAAACAAUAGAAUAUGCAAAAGCCUUGGACUGUAAAAUGAUUCAUGUAAUGUCAGGAAAAGUGGAAACUCCUACAUCUGCUAACGAUGUAGUUUAUGAAAAAAAUCUGUUGUACGCCAUCGAAAAAUGUCAAAAAGAGGAUAUUAUUGUCGUCAUUGAACCAAUUAAUAAUUACAGUGUACCAAAUUACUAUAUGAAUAAUUUUCAAAAAGGUUUAGAUUUGGUGAAGAAGGUAAACAGUACACACUUUAAACUGUUAAUGGAUAUCUUUCAUUUACAACAUUGUUGCGGUAAUAUUACAAAAAGUAUUCAAAAUUUUUUACCUUAUAUAGGUCACAUUCAGAUAGCUCAAGUUCCUGAUAGGCAUGAACCAGAUACUCCAGGAGAGAUUGAUUAUAAAUAUGUUUUGUCUCUAUUGGAAACAACUGGCUAUACUGGCUAUGUUGGUCUGGAAUAUCGGCCGAAAUCAUUAACAACGGAAGGGUUAAGUUGGAUUAAAAAAUAUAGUUACACUUUGUAAAUGAAUAUUCAUGUAUGUACAUGUUAUAAAUGUAUAAAUGGAUAAAUUUUCAA